UCGGAAUCGCAUCAAAAUAUACUUGAAGUUAGAACUUGUGAUUCAUAUUGUGCAAAAUCUUAUGUUUUUUGCUUUUAUUCUUAAAUAAUCAUCAAAAUGUAUAAUAUGGUAUUCAAUUUAUAUUACUAGCAAGCAAUUACAACACAUCAAAUCUUAACAGGCACAUAUAUUUCUUUAUGUUGAGGUUAUUAUUCGAAUACAGAGAAGUUUGUCCAAAACAUGAGCACUUUGAAUUACUUGAUUGGGAGUUAAAUUUACCUCUGGAAAGAAGAAUUAGGUAUGAAGAGAUGGCAAGUAGUGGAUUGAAUGGUUUAUACAGACCAAGAAGUGCUUUGGCUCGCGCUAUGUAUGAAAAACAUAGAAAUGAUAGAUAUCUUCAAGAAUUUGAUCAAAAUGAGUGGUACCAAGUAGACGAGAGCAAGCUGUCGCCCGAUCUUCAAGAGAAGUUCGUGCAGCUGCAUCCAGAUAAGGAGACACAGGAGUUCCUCUCCACCUCCAUCGACAAGUCGUCCUGGGUCUGGACCCAACUCUGGUACAUCCUAGCCAAGUCCUUCUUGAGGCACUUCUGGACUACAACUGACAUCAAUGGGUGGCUCGGUCGUGGUUCAAUGUUCGUGUUAUCCUCAGCUCAGACUAGAACACUGCUGAGCCGCGCUCGCGCUGGCCGAGGCGGGAUCGACAGGCAAUCUACGCUCGUCGAUAUCGGCGCGGGAGACGGUGAAGUAAGCCGUAGAUACGCAGACCUGUUUGGUACAAAGUAUGCCACCGAGAUAUCUGCCUCUAUGAGGAAAGUGCUCAGUGGCAAAGGGUUUACUGUGCUAGACGUGGAAGACUGGUGGAAGGGUCAAAAGUUCUCUUGUGUGUGCAUGAUGAAUUUGGUAGACCGCUGUAUGAGACCACGGACUAUGCUGCAGCAGGCCAGGGAAGCGCUCGCCCCAGACGGACUGUUGUUGCUGGCUCUUGUAUUGCCAUAUAAGGCGUAUGUUGAAGCGACAUCAGACCAUAAGCCAGAAGAAAGACUGCCCAUAACAGGCAUCACAUUCGAAGAACAGGUCUCCUCGUUUGUGGAGUUCAUGCGGGGUUUGGGCUGGGAGAUCGCUAGUUGGUCCAGAGUUCCAUAUCUUUGCGAAGGAGACUUUGCACAGGCUUAUUAUUGGCUUGACGACUCUAUAUAUGUCUUUAGACCAAUUGAACCUUAAAUCACCUAUGAUUAUAUCCUAUAUUUAUAUGCCUUUACAUCUAUGGAAAAAUACUUGAAGUGGUUUUGGACACAUAUUUCAAGGUACAAUACAUUCAGCUGUCUCAUUCCAUCACAUGGUUAAAUACAAUUUGGCGGAAAGAGACCAAUGAAGGCUUUAGUGACUGUAUUAUAUGAAUAAGGGUUAAAUACUGAGUUUAAUAACUAGUUUGAAGUAUAUUUGUAUUCAAAUGAUGCCAACGUGUAUGAGCAGCGCACAAAUAGUACAAACUAAAGUGGACAUUCCAAUUAAUUAAGACACUGAUUAUAAAGGCGUCAUUAUCGAAUAAAAAAAAAUUCAUUUCGAAUAAAAUAAUUAGAUUAUUUCGUCUAGGUUCGAUAUAAAAAAAACUGAUAACAUUCGUAUGGUUCUGCAUUACACAGCUAUACGGUAAUAAUACGUAUACGCACGUAUUAAUACGUAUACCACUUCAAAUGCUACUAAAACGGACCAUAAGAAAUUUCAACCAAUUUUUCAGUUCAUUAAUUAUCCCUUGACGUCACUCCCUCUACCCGAUAAAGUACAUCGAAAAACUGAUCAAUGAGUAUUUUAAAAGAUUAUCUUAGUAAAUUGGGUAAACUAACAUUAUUAUACUUAUAUUCUUCAUCGAUGUUUAAAAUUAAGCACUCUCAAACUAUGUGAAACUAUGAUAUUUAAAAUAUCUUUAAAAUUCUAGAUGUGCUGAUAAUUGUUUUGCAUAACCAUGAAUGUUAUAUUAUUUGAGUGUCAAAUUCCUAUUACGUACGAUUAACAUAACAACAUUAAAAGUACUAAAGUGUUUUCUUAUUCAAUUAUUUAUAAGUUCAAUAGCUAUUUGCAAAGACACUAAGUUAAUAAGAUUUCAUGUGAUCAAAUGUGGUCAUCACCAUAGUAAUUUCAUGAAAUGGAAUGUUUAAGAAUAUCAGAA